AUGGUGAAGGACGAUCGCAGCAACAAGAGGGGAAGAGACAACAGCAACGAUGUCUCUGGUCCCAGCAAGCAGCUCAAGCUGGGAGAUGUGCCACAGUACACUCCCGAGGGAGGCAGUAACUUCAUUGAAAUAGACGGCAAAACAUGUACUCACGCAGUGGCAUGGCCCGAGGAUGCAAAGACCCCGAAUUCCCAGCCACCCCCAGCAAGGCCUGGACCAGCAGCCAAGCAGUUCCCCUUUACCCUGGACCCCUUCCAGCGCACAGCCAUCAACUGCCUGGAAGCAGGUGAUUCUGUCCUUGUGGCGGCCCACACCUCCGCUGGGAAGACUGUCAUCGCGCAGUACUGCUGCGCAAUGGGGCUCAGGGACAACCAGAGGGUUAUCUACACCUCACCACUGAAGGCCCUUAGCAACCAGAAAUACCGGGAGUUCCAUGAGGAGUUCCAGGAUGUGGGCCUCAUGACUGGGGACGUGACCAUCAACCCCAACGCCAGCUGCCUCGUCAUGACCACCGAAAUUCUGCGCUCCAUGCUCUACAAUGGCAGCGAGAUCGUCCGCGAGGCCGCGCUGGUGGUGUACGAUGAGAUCCACUACCUGCGCGACCGUGAGCGCGGAGUGGUGUGGGAGGAGUCCAUCGUGCUGGCGCCACCCACCGUGCGAUUCGCCUUCCUCUCCGCCACCAUCCCCAACGCCCUCGAAUUUGCGCAGUGGAUCGCCAAGACCCACGGGUCGCCCUGCCACGUGGUGUACACGGACUACCGGCCGACGCCGCUGCAGCACUUUGUGUUCCCCACGGGCGGCGACGGCCUCUUUAUGGUCGUGGACGAUCGCGGCACCUUCCGCGAAGACAACUUCCAGAAAGCCGUUGCCGCGCUGGCCGAAACCGCAGCAGACGGCGGCGGCAAGAAGGGAGGCAAAAAGGGCGGUGUGAAUGGCAAGAAGGAAGAGGAGUCGGACAUUUUCAAGCUGGUCAAGAUGAUCAUGCAGCGCAAUUUUGACCCGGUGAUAGUGUUCAGCUUCAGCAAGAAGGAGUGUGAGGCGCUGGCGCUGCAGAUGGCGCCGCUGGACCUGAAUGACGAGGCGGAGCAGAAGCUGGUGGAAGGAAUCUUCUGGAACGCCAUCGACUGCCUCUCCGAAGACGACCGCCGCCUGCCGCAGGUGGGAGCGCUGCUGCCGAUGCUGAAGCGGGGCAUCGGGGUGCACCACUCGGGUCUGCUGCCCAUCCUCAAGGAGGUCAUCGAGAUCAUGUUCCAGGAGAACCUUCUCAAGGUGCUGUUUGCGACCGAGACCUUCUCGACGGGCCUGAACAUGCCGGCCAAGACGGUGGUGUUCACCAACGCGCGCAAGUUUGACGGCGGCGGCUUCCGAUGGCUCUCCUCGGGCGAGUACAUUCAGAUGAGCGGCCGCGCCGGACGCCGUGGCCUCGACGACCGAGGCAUCGUGAUGCUGAUGCUGGACACACGCAUGGAGCCGGCGGUGGCAAAGAGCAUGGUGCAGGGUGCGCCGGACACGCUGCACAGCGAGUUCCACCUGAGCCACACCAUGCUGCUCAACCUGCUGCUCAGCGAGGCCCUGGAGCCCGAGGCGCUGCUGCGACAGUCCUUCCGCCAGUUCCAGACCGAGCGCUCCCUGCCAGCCCUCCGCGCGCGCAUCGCCGCCCUCCAGGAGGAGAGGGACGCGGUAGUGGUGGAGGAGGAGGAAUCUGUGGCGCAGUACGCAGCCUUGCUGGAGCAGCAGGUGCAAUGCAGGGGCGACAUGCGCGAGAUCGUCACGCGGCCGCGCUAUGCGCUGCCAUUCCUGCAGCCGGGCCGCCUCACGAACGGAGUGGCAUCCACCAGCGGGAGGGGUGAGGGGUCGGCAGUAUGGGCGGCCGUUAUCAAUUUUGAGCGCCAGGGCAAGGCCGACGCCGGAGAGGCAGAAGCCAAGUCAGGGAGCAGCAGCAAGAAAGGGGCGCGCUACAUUGUUGACGUGCUCGCCAAUUGCGCAGAGGACUCUGUGCCGGGCCACGGACCCAAAAGGCGGCCGGUGUUGGUGGGUGCGCGGUCGGGCGGCGUGGCGUGCGUGGUACCGGUGCAGCUGGGUGAGCUGGCGGCCUUCAGCAGCGUGCGCAUCUAUGUCCCCAAAGACCUGCGCCCGCCAGACGCCCGCACCCUCGCCCUCAAGGCCGUAGGGGAGGUGGAGCGCAGGUACCCCAAGGGGUUGCCGCUGCUGAGUGCGGAGGAGGACAUGUCCGUGGACGACCCCGCCUACCGCAAGGCACAGAGGAAGCUGGAAAAUGUGGAGGGCCUGCUGAGCAAGCACUCGCUGGCAAGCGCACCGGACUUGGAAGACCGCCUGGCUGCAUGGGACAGGAAGCAGGCGCUGGCAUCGCAGGUGCGCGUGGCGAAGAGGGAGGCAAAGAGCGCGGCCAGCCUCAUCCUGCAGCAGGAGCUCAAGGCGCGGAGAAGAGUGCUGCGCCGGCUCGGGUAUGUGGACGAGAAUGGCGUGGUGACGCUCAAGGGGCGUGUGGCGGCCACCAUCCAGAGCGCCGACGAGCUCGUGCUCACUGAGCUCAUCUUCAACUCGGGCUUCAAGGAUCUGAAGCCGGAGCAGGCAGUAGCGCUGGUGGCGUGCCUGGUUUGGCGCGAGAAGAGCGACGCAGCACCGCGCGUCAGCGAAGAGCUGGAGGGGCCAGUCGCUGCACUGCGCGAAGCCGCCCGCCGAGUCGCCAAGGUGUCGGCUGACAGCAAGAUGGGUCUGGAUGUGGAGGAGUAUGUGGCCUCCUUCCGGACAGACCUGUGCGACGCGCUGGCCGCCUGGAGCAAGGGUGCCAAGUUUGCCGACAUCAUGAAGAUGACCGACGUCUUUGAGGGGUCGCUGGUGAGGGCGGUGAGGCGUGUGGAGGAGGUGUUGCGGCAGGCCACGGCCGGCGCGCAGGUGAUGGGUGAGCUGCAGCUGGUGGAGCUGUUUGAGGAGGGGCAGCGCAGAAUCAAGCGCGACAUCGUCUUCGCUGCCUCCCUCUACCUCUGA